UGUUUACGAUUCUUUGAAUGUUUACUAUCUAAAACGUUUCAUAUGCUCCUAAAAUGUCAGAAGCAUAUUCUUGGUAAACGUUAAGCCUGGUUUUCAAAAAUUGAUCGUAAAUGUGUAUGUUGCCCCUAGGAGGAAUUUUGAACAUGCUGCGUACAGCGCCAUACAGGAACUAUGAAAUUCAGGCUUCAUCCGGCGUCAAUUUACGUAACCUCAAAAUGGCGUCUCCCGGGUGCUUGAGUUUAUGUCAAGUUAUAACACGAUACAACUAAUUAUUUAGUUUUCGGUCCAUAUUAAUAAUGAGUAAUAUGAAAGAUGUACAAAAUAUUGCCAAGGAAGAUGCAAAGGCCGAUUUUGGGAAGAAUACCGAAGAAGAAGAAGAAGACGAGUUAAUUGGGCCACCCGUGCCCGUCAUGUUUAAGGGGUUAUGUAUCGAGAAAGAAGAAGAAAAAUCGGAAGAUUCCAGUGAAGACGACGAUGAGUUAAUUGGACCACCUAUCCCCUCAAUGCCAAAUGACUCAUCUAAUCAAAAGAAAGAGCCAGAAAGGGCAGGGGGAAACGAAAACAACGACGAUGACGAUGACAGCGACGACAAUAUAAUUAGACCCCUCAUUUCUCAUGGGCCUGAAUCGGGUACCAAAAACAGUAAGUCAGAAAAAUCAGUAAGCGAUAGCGAGGAUGAUAACGGAGAGUCUGAAGAUGAGGACUCUUCGUCAACCAGAAUAAUACCGUGCACUCACGAGAUAGUCAUGACUCACGGAACAAAAGCAGUAACAGCGAUCGCAGCCGACCCUUCGGGUGCAAGGCUUGCUACUGGAUCGAUGGACUAUGACGUUUCUUUCUGGGAUUUUGCUGGCAUGGACUCAUCUCUGAAAACGUUCAGAACUUUACAGCCUUGUGAAAAUCACCCGAUAAAAUGUUUACAGUAUUCCAUUACAGGAGAUGUAAUAUUAGUUAUCUCUGGCGCAGCACAAGCAAAAGUUUUAGAUAGGGACGGGUUCGAGAAAUGCGAGACCGUGAAGGGUGAUCAAUACAUCACCGAUAUGGCUCGUACAAAGGGACACACCGCGGUAUUAAACUCUGGUUGCUGGCAUCCUUUUACAAAGGAAGAAUAUGCAACCUGUUCUCAGGAUGGCACGUGCAGGAUUUGGAUAUUGUACCGCCCGAGGGCACAUAAGUACCUGAUUAAAUGUCGAGCGCAGAAUGGAGUGAGGACUGUUCCAACAACCUGUGGAUAUAGCAGGGAAGGGAAUGUCGUAGCAUGUGGCUGUAUCGAUGGCUCGGUACAAAUGUGGGAUCACAGGAAGAAUUUUGUUAAUCCUUCGUUAGUACUUCGUGGAGCUCAUGCCCAGGGCAGUGAUAUCUCUAGUUUAUGUUUCUCUUACCUGGGCCAUUCUUUGGCAACGAGAAGCUGUGACGAUACCUUGAAGCUCUGGGAUCUUCGAUCCUUCAAAAAUCCAGUUUUUGUGGCGAACAAUUUAUUCUCGCGUUACGACACGACUGAUUGUAUGUUCAGUCCUGACGAUUCGCUAAUCGUUACAGGAGAAUCUUUAAACAAGGGGGGGACUGCAGGGCGACUCUUAUUCUACGACACUAAGACAUUCGAUCUUACCAAAGAAAUACCUGUAACUAAUUCGCACGUCAUUAAAACUCUAUGGCAUCCCAAACUGAAUCAGAUAUUUGUCGGGUGUGGCAACGGAAUCGUCAAGGUAUACUACGAUCCAGUGAAGAGCAUGAGAGGUGCAAAGCUGUGCGUUGCCAAGAUUCGACAGAAGCACAGGCCAGUCGAAGUAAUGUCGACUCAGCAAAUCAUCACACCUCACGCUCUUCCAUUAUUCAGACAAGAUAGACCCAAGUCCGUUAGGAAACAAAUGGAAAAGGACAGACUAGACCCAGUCAAGUCGAGAAGACCCGAUCUACCCAUUACGUCUGGCCAAGGAGGAAGAGUCGCUUCAUCAGGAGGUACACUCAGCUCGUACGUUAUCAGAAACCUUGGUUUGAGCAAAAGGAUAGAAGACGAUCAGGAUCCGAGAGAAGCCAUUCUUAAGUAUGCGAAAGAGGCCGAAGAGAAUCCAUAUUGGAUUACCCCAGCGUACAAGAAGACACAGCCGAAGACUAUUUUCCAAACCGACGACGGUGACAGCGGUCCUUCUAACAAGAAACAAAAGACAUAAUCACGGCAAUGUCCUCUUCAUAUCUGUAUUUAAAAAUUAAUAAUCAGCGAUACCGCAUAGUUUUAAGAAAAAAGUGCUGUACAUAUAACGUGCUUCAUCUAUUUCAUGUGUGAAAUCAAUACAUAGAUAAAAAGUGGAUCAACCCGUG